CUCAUUUACUCCACUCUACUUUUCGCCAUGAAAAGCCGCAUCACCUGCUCCUGUUGUCUUCUCCGAUUCCACCGCUAUCUCUGUCUCUCUCUAGCUUGAGCUCGUGCUUUAAGAAACAGAGGGGACAAUGCCAUUAACGGAAGACCCGAAGCUGUCAGCUUUCUCGUCUUCUUCUUCUUCCUCGCAAUCUUCUAUGGAUCAAAACUCGCUCACCUGCGCUUAAUGGCUGCUUUAUUUCUUCUUCUACCUCAAGUUUGGAUAAAAAAGAUGAAAACUUUAAGCCUAUGGACUGUUCCUGCAGCGGCUUUCCUUCUGCUAAUCUGCUGCAACUGCUUUCCAGAUUCUUCUAUAAGUUCAACAUCACCUGGAGGUUUUAAAGCUGAGUUAUCUAACAGGAAGCUGAAGGACAUCGUAUCGUCAACAAUCAACACGGCCAUAAUUGGAGAUGAUUCGAGCAAUUAUAACCUUGAUGACUAUCCCGGGAAUGAUCCUUCUCCGAGCUCGAAAGUUGACGUGCAUGCCGGACCGAUCGAGAAUAGAAGCCCUUUUAUGCCUUACUUCACCAGACCAACUCCUCCACCACCUCACCCACUGCAGGUUUCUCCUUAAGAAUCCUAAUUUCAG